CAAAAACCACCGAAAGCACCCAAAACAUUUUCAUUUUCAUUUCAUUUCACUUCGACUUCCCUCUCUCUCUCUCUAAAAAAACAAUCAUAAUCAUCGUCACCAUCCUACCACCAGUAGCAGGCAAACAAGAAAGGAAAGAAAAGGAAAACAGAGAGAAGAAAGUGAUCAAGGGAAGACCCUUAAACAUGCAGCCCGCGGAGAACUCGGAGCUCUAUCAAUUCUUGACCGAAAACGGUGUCGGAUCCUACGGAUUCUUGCAGAACUGCGGUGAAUACUCGGCAGCCAUGAGCAGCUUUUGUGGGUCAACCUCCUCCUUCUACCCCCUUGACUUGUCCGGAAUCAGCGAUACAACGCCGCAGGAUAGAGCUCUUGCUGCUUUGAAGAAUCAUAAAGAAGCUGAGAAGAGAAGGAGAGAGAGAAUCAACUCUCACCUUAACAAGCUCAGGACACUCCUCCCUUGUAAUUCUAAGACAGACAAAGCUUCCCUGCUAGCAAAAGUGGUUCAACGCGUGAAGGAGCUGAAACAGCAAACUAAUGAAAUCUCUGGACUUGAAAGCUUCCCGUCGGAGACGGACGAGAUCUCCGUCUUGUCCGGUGAAUGUUCCAGCGACGGUAGAUUAAUUUUCAAAGCUUCACUAUGCUGCGAAGACCGGUCCGAUCUCUUGCCGGAGCUGAUCGAGAUUCUCAAGUCUCUGCACCUCAAGACCCUGAGAGCAGAAAUAGCCACUCUCGGCGGUAGAAUCCGUAACGUCCUCGUCGUCGCCGCCGAUAAGGAUCACAGUAGCGUUGAGUCUGUCCAUUUCUUGCAGAACGCCUUGAAGUCUUUGCUUGAACGAUCAACCUCUAACGAUCGCUCCAAAAGGAGACGUGCAUUAGAUCACCACAAAAUCUUUGUCUAGUACGUACCUAAAUUAUUUUUGACGUCUUUAUCGUCGGAUUCAUUAAACAUAGAUAUCAAAUAUAUUUUUGAUGAAUCUAACGGUAAAUAAAAUGUAAUCCCAAGUCUCACUAGUUAGUAUUCUAUAUAUAUAUAUAUAUAUAUCGCAUUACCAAUGCAUGAUCAGCUCCUUCUUUCGCCAUUUUCCUUUUUUUUUUUUUUUUAAUUUUAACAUGUGUUUUUAGUCUCUUAAGUUGGGUGAGAGCUCCUUUGUAAUCUUAUGUGGGGUUUUGCUUGUUUUGUUUCCUGAGAAAUUAUAUUACACCAAGAAAAACAAAAAUAUGUAUUUGUGUAUGUAAUUAACUGUGAGGCUUUUUUUUUUAUGAGAAUUAUUCAGAAAGAAUCUCAUGCAUCUGGGAUGUGGGUCUGGUCUACAUAAUUAUAGCUUCCAUAUGUAAAGGGAUAAAAAAAAAAAAAAGUAGGAGAAUCUAAACGAAGACAGAGAGGUGAUUGACGGAGAAGACGAUGUGUACGUAGUUAUAAUUGUGAUUAUUUGGGGGUACUAUAAGCAUAUACACU